CAUAAAAUUAGAAAAGCAAUGAAAGAGCAUUGGAGAAUUGGGUUUAAUUCCAAAACCACCCUAAAACCCUACCCCAACCUUCGACUCCCAUUUGACAUUGAACGCGUCCUCACGAGUCACAAGUGACAAACACUACCGCUAUUUCUCUCGCGCGCGCCCUCGUAGACGUUACACAAACACUUUGUUUCAGUAAUUUCGUCGAACACUUUGGGUGGGUUACUGCGAAAACCUCAGCUGACUCAUGAGGGCCAACAAGGCAACGGUCUUAACGUUUGCUGAGAAAUGCAAGAGCCUACUGUCUUCCAACUGGCAAGGGCAACUCAAUACCAUAAAGGCUGAUGCUAAAGGAAGUAAGGAAGACAUAUACAGAUCAAAGGUUAAGUACAUCUGCAAAAGAGGGAAGCCAUACAUUUGGGUACCCGAAAAGGAGUUGCAUAAUGUGAAUGUAAUUGUUGAUGAACGCAGUUCAUUUGCUGUGGCCAAUCCCAUCCCGGGUCCACUGGCAAGCUUGCUUAAAUCGAUAAAAAAGUCACCAGCUCGAGUUGCUCUGAUUGGAGAUGUUGUACCUCUAACAGAUGCAAAGGUUAAGUCUGCAACAGAAGUCCUUAAAGAAGUCAUACUGACGGAACAGAAAGCAAUAAGUGAGUCCAGUUAUACAGUUUCAGGUAUAUUAAGUUCUUCUGAUCAUAGCUGUACAUCACGAAGCGAAAACCUUAAGGAGGUCUUGGAAGGGGAUGAAAAGUACAUAGUUUAUAAGUUCAACCAAAGAUCAUGCAUGUAUGUUGACGGCAAUGGAGACACUCAUGAGAUUGAUCAGGAAGAUAUGAACGCAUCUAAAGCAGAUCCGUUAGCUCUUUUGUCCGCUAAGCUUAUCGAUGGGAUAAAUCAAAGCGCUGCCAGACGCAGAGCCCUCAUGCUUUUCUGCUUGACAUACUUCAAUACAAAUGCAAAGGAUGCAUACAUGCUGUCUAUCGAUCGUAAGGGAUUUGAGGUAUUGAGCAAGGUUCCUAGUCCUGCGUUGAAGGAUGGAUAUGGCCAGUUUCAGUGGAAGCAAUUUAGAUUAUCUUUGAAGGAAGAGGCACGUGAUGUCGAAUCAUUCUGCCGCCAACUUGUGGAAAUGGAAGAGGAGGCUGUUAAGGAGGUUUCGGGGCACAGUGGUUUAGCAUGAAAAGGUUUCAAAACAUAGCUGAAAUAGUUUCUUGCCUGUUUGUUUUUCUUAUAAUCCUGUCGAGAGAGUUACAAUCUUAUAGUUGGUUAGUUUUGGAAUUAAAAUCCAAUUAAACUAAUUAAGAAUCCCAAUUGUGAAUCAA